AUGCUUCGUCGCACGGCCAUUGUCACGGGUUCCGUACGGGGGAUUGGGAAGGCGAUCGCCCUCCGACUCGUCCAAGAUGGUUAUUCCGUCUGUGUCAAUGGCCUCCCCAACUCUGCACGGGAAAUUCAAGCCGUCGUGGACAUGAUCAACAACAGGACUUCCACCGACAACGUUGUCCCUGACCGUCCCAAGGCCAUAGGUGUCCCCGCGGACGUGACCUCUGGUAAAGCCGUCGAGGCGAUGGUACAGAGAACCGUCAAGGAACUAGGGCCUCUCACACUGAUGGUGGCCAACGCGGGCAUUGCACAGGUUAAACCGUUGCUUUCUGCGACUGAGGCCGACAUCGAUCAAGUCAUGUCUGUUAACUUCAAGGGAUUAUUCAAUUGCUAUACGCAUGCGGCGCGGCAAAUGAUCGCGCAGGGAGACCCGCAGUUUGCGGCGGGGGUAGUAGGUGUGUACAAGAUCCUUGGAGCGGCAUCCAUCGUGGCAGUGAAACCGUUCGCAACACUAGGGAUCUACUCGGCCAGUAAAUGGGCGGUGCGUGGUCUGACACAGGCUAUGGCGAUGGAGAUGGCACCACAUCGUAUCACAGUGAAUGCGUAUGCACCAGGGAUCGUGGACACUGAUAUGUGGGAAGGCAUUGACCAGAAGUUGGGUGAGAUCCAGGGGCGUGCAAAGGGGGAAAGCUUGCGGCCGUACUCGCAUCAGUUCAUCGCGAUGGGACGCACCAGCGUAUCCCAGGAUGUGGCCGGGCUAGUUGGGGGCUUUUUGGCCAGUAGUGAUUCAGAUUAUAUGACGGGGCAGACGAUGGUGGUAGACGGGGGAAUUGUGUUCACCAAAUACUCCGUAGUAUUCACCUGA